CUAACUGCAGGGUCACCGCGCCCAUCUCGUUCAGUUCGAUGGCCGGACGAGAGUGAUACCAGGGAAAGGGCAGAUGUUGUGUUUGGUAGCGGGCAGAGAGAACUGUGUCCUGUUUACUUUCGGCGACAUUACAGAGUAGGAUUUGUGUUUGCCUGGGCAGUGUCUUGAGUUCAUACACAGCCAGUGGGUGUGAACCCCCCCCUCCUCCCCUAUCCGGUUGGUUGACGGAGGUUGUCAAGCUCCCUCGCUGUAGCCUGCGCACGGGAAGGGCUGCUCCUCGGAAAACUACGGCUAGCUGGCUAGUUAGAGAGCUAGCGCAGUGGUGCUCGUUGAUGCGUGGAUCGGAGGGAUACACCGUCUUGAUUUCCAGUCAAUGCCAAAACGCAAAAACAAGCGCAAAUUGAACCAGAUCAACAAGUGCCCCUGUAGCUGGAGUAAGGUUAUCAAAAAAGGAGAAUAAAAUGAGUGAGUUGGACCAGUUACGCCAAGAGGCAGAGCAGCUCAAAAAUCAGAUCAGGGAUGCCAGGAAAGCAUGUGCAGAUGCCACACUAUCACAGAUCACAGCCAACAUUGACCCGGUCGGCCGGAUCCAGAUGCGUACAAGACGAACGCUGCGGGGUCAUUUGGCCAAAAUCUAUGCCAUGCACUGGGGAACAGAUUCCAGGCUUCUGGUCAGUGCCUCCCAAGAUGGGAAACUCAUUAUUUGGGACAGCUAUACCACAAACAAGGUGCAUGCCAUUCCACUUCGAUCUUCCUGGGUCAUGACUUGUGCAUAUGCACCUUCAGGAAAUUAUGUGGCCUGUGGUGGUUUAGACAACAUCUGCUCCAUUUAUAACCUGAAAACGCGUGAGGGGAAUGUACGUGUGAGCCGCGAGCUCGCCGGACACACAGGAUACCUGUCCUGCUGUCGAUUCCUGGAUGACAACCAGAUUGUUACAAGCUCUGGAGAUACCACUUGUGCACUUUGGGACAUUGAGACUGGCCAGCAGACGACCACAUUUGCUGGACACACAGGGGACGUCAUGAGCCUGUCAUUGGCCCCCGACUCCCGGUUAUUUGUCUCUGGUGCUUGUGAUGCUUCUGCCAAACUCUGGGAUGUGAGGGAGGGCAUGUGCGGACAAACCUUCACUGGCCACGAGUCUGACAUCAAUGCCAUCUGUUACUUCCCGAAUGGCAAUGCCUUUGCCACAGGCUCUGAUGACGCCACCUGCAGGCUGUUUGAUCUGCGUGCGGAUCAGGAAUUAAUGGUGUACUCUCAUGACAACAUCAUAUGUGGCAUCACCUCUGUUGCUUUCUCCAAGAGCGGCCGUCUUCUCCUGGCCGGAUACGACGACUUCAACUGCAACGUGUGGGACACACUAAAAGCCGACCGCGCCGGUGUGUUGGCUGGACAUGACAACCGCGUUAGCUGUCUGGGAGUUACUGAUGAUGGAAUGGCAGUUGCAACAGGAUCCUGGGACAGUUUUCUGAAGAUCUGGAAUUGAGGCCAGAAGGUUUUUUUGUUUUGUUUUUUCUUCCUUUUUUAAAAAAAAAAUUGUUUCACAUCUUCCCACACUAUACUUCAAAAGCUAUUCCAAGCAAAACCUGUAGUUGCAGUGGUCUGAUAUGCCCUAUGUUUCCCCUGUCUGGAGUAGAAGAAAUGCCAAUGGUGCUACUUUUGUUGCCUUACAGGUUUAAGAGCAUUAUGGGUUCAUUGAAAUGUACGUGUUCCUUUCGCUGCUCUGCUUAUUUGACAUACCUCUUAGCUCAAAUUAAUUUUUAUAAGUCGCAUGGAAACAGAACAUUGUUGCCCCCUUCAUCGGGGCAAAUGCACAGCCUUCUAGCAUUUUUCUAAACAGGCUUUUAUACAGUGUUUGAUUGGUUCUGCCCUAACGGAGGUCUGCUACGUAACAAUGUCUCUUAAUGGUGAUCCAACAUGGGAGCCUGGAGAAACAUGGAAGAUGAAAUAAGUUCAUCUCAGUCCCACACAGUAGACCUUUGAGUAAAUUCCUGUUGAAUUCUCUGCAUCACACUCCAACGUUGUAUGUACAAAUUUGACAUCACUAAUAAUCCUCUAUCCCCCGAGGUCAUCUGAUGAUGAUGAUGAUGAUGAAGAACCCAAGCAGCUUUAACCAUAUGUUUGACCUGAGCUUAAAUAGGCAACACUGUAGACCAGUUUAGAUUAGUGUAAAUGCUAAAUUUAAAUUUGUUUGUGUUUCCCAGAUGUUCUUUUAACUCCAAAGUUGACUGGAAGACCAUUACAACUUCAGAAUGUUCAACACUUCAACACUGUUUAGAUUGACUUGGACACCAAAAACAAACAAAACAAACAAACGAGAAAAAAAAAACAAAAAAAAUCAAUGCCUUUCCUACACAAAGAAGAGCACAAUUGUUUGUCACCUAGUUAAGAAAGGAUCUCCUGUGGUAUCAAAUCAGAAACUUCUGCAUUCCUUCCUGGACCAUUUUAUGUUACGUAGACAUGAAAGAGAAAAACAACACUAUCAUCCCAUGCAAAUGUGUGCGUCUUGAAAGCAAAUGUUGGAGUGUAAUGUACAAAUUAUUUAACUUUUUUUAAAAAGAAUUAUAUUCUGAUGGUUUGUUAUUCUCGAUGGCUUUCUUUUUUCCAUGUUUCUUUAGUGGUUUUAGAUUUGUUUGAAUUACAGCUUGUCUUUCUAAUCCAGUUAAAUCAAAUGAGCGAAAAGAUGCUGAAGUAAAAGCUUGGAUCAUAUUACACGAGCAGCUUUCAAAAUGUCCAUGAUGUAUUUAUAUACUAGCUGUCUUUGUUUUUGUUUUUUUUUGUUUUGUUUUUUUCAUCACAGCCUUUUGCACAUGAAGAAGCUUUGCCUCUCGACUAAUGCUAUGUUGACUAACAAAGCACAUGCUAUAAGUUAUGAAUGCUCAUUCCAGUACAAAAGGAGUUAUUAUGAGUAACUUAUCCAGUUAACCCCUUAAUUCUUGUACAUGCCUUUGCCUUUGGGUGGGAUGGGUUGGGAGUGGCGGGGUGCUAGGUGCAGAGAUAAUCUGGGCAGGGGUGGGGCAAUUGUGUUUAGUAUCCACUUUGAGUGAACACCUCACCUGGCUAAAUAGACACUUCCUUUGCUUGGGACUGCAGUUGCAACUCUGAAUGAAAUGUACAAAUCAAUGUCUGAAAAUAAUGGUCUGAUGUUUUAAGUUAAGACAUUUAAUUUUGUCUGCCAUGAGUUAAUUUAGAUGUGCAUGCUGUAGACUUGCUUUUAAUGGUGCAACAAUCCUAGAGUUUUCUUUUCUUUUCUUUUCUUUUCUUUUUUUUCUUUUUGUUUAGUUUUGGAAACGGAGAGCAGCCGAUUCAUUGAACUUAAUAGUAGCCAGUUCUUUGGCUCCAGCUCUGCAUACAUCAUGUUCUAAUACUGGUAAUGCUAUGCACCAGAGUGAGCAAGAAUGGGGAAAGACUUAAUAUUGACUGCAUACUUAGUGUAAAUUAUGCUUACCAGUUCUCUUGAUGCUAAUUUUGUAGUAACUAUAACAAUCAUUGUGAGAGUCCUUUUCUCUCCUUCAAAGCUUCACACUCAAAACAGUAAUGUCCUCACAUACUAAAAACUUUUGUAUAUUUUUUUUCCUUGGUCUUAAAUUGAAAAUUGGAGCAUCUGAAUGACAACAUUUCACUGUAUACAAAAGCACUUUUAUUAAAGUUGUGACAUAUUUUCACUUUUCUUUUUUCUGCGAUGGUGUACAAUAAAUGUGAUGUAUUUGUGUGUGGCCACAAGUGAAAAUGCAAUUCAACUGAGAUGGAUUCCUUUUUCUCUUUCCAUUAAUAUUAUAGAGCUCUGCACCCUUAUGUAUCUUUUCACUUUUUGUAUUUCAUUUCAGUCUGUUGGUGUUCCACGGUGAGCUGGAUGCAAGAUAGAUACUGUACUAAAUUGUACUGUUAUUGAUUGAAAAAUGUAAUAAAAAGCUGUUUGAGAUCUC